AUGCAGACUUCUACUCAAUAUAAAGUUACGUCAUUACUAUCAUCUACCAUGGAAAGUGGUGAAACUAAUACAUUACAAAAGCAUAAUAAUGAGAAACCAGAAAGAACUUCUGAAACUCCUCUUCCUCCUUCAAGUAAAAAAACUAAUAAGGGUACAAAAUUUGACGAAGUAUGGCAGUAUUUUAUACAAGGAGAAGAAAUAAAUAAAGGUCAUUAUAGAGUUUCAUGUUAUUAUUGUCAAAAAAAUUGGUCAAGAGAACAACCAGGAGUUUUAAAAGCUCAUUUAGCCAAUGAGUAUACAUCAUGUCCUAAAGAAAUUAGUAAUUAUUGGCGUGAUAAACUUAGUGAAAAUAAAAUUAAUUAUACUCAAAAUUUACAAAAACCACUAUCUACACAAUCAUUGCAAAAACAACACAACAUUUGGUUCAGAUAUACCACUUCCUUCUCAAGUAAAUAG